GUAAUGUCGAGUGCGUCCGCCUACAGCCGGAGCUGAAGGAGGGAGCCAGGCCUCUCUGAUCCACGAGGAGAUGGGCGGUGAGGUGAGGUGAGGUGAGGGAUUGAAAAGGAUGCGUGAUUGAGAGGUCCGCUCGAGAAUCAGAGUCUCUCGCAAAGCUCGCAACGAGGCCGACGACGCGCGCUCGGUGGUCGAGGUUGGAAAUGGCCGCGGCUAGAGAGCUCGUCGUCGUGUGCCUGGCGGUGGCGGUGGCGGCGUGCAUGUGGGCGAUGCCGGCGCGCGCCUGGCUGCCCAAGGAGAACCCGAUCCGCGGGGUCAAUCUGGGAGGGCUAUUCAUCGUGGAGCCAUGGAUGAUGGGCGACGAGUGGCGGAGCAUGGGGUGCGGCGACUACGCGAGCGAAUUCGACUGCGUGCGCGGCCUGGGCCAGACGGCUGCCAACGCCGCGUUCCAGAAGCACUGGGCGACAUGGAUCAACCAGACGGACAUCGCGCAGAUCAAGAGCGUGGGCCUGAACACCAUCCGCGUUCCGCUCGGGUACUGGAUCAAGGAGGAUCUGGUGUACCGCGACAGCGAGUUCUGGCCCCAGGGCGGGUUCGCGUUCCUCGAGAGCUUGUGCCGGCACGCCACUGAAGCGGGCUUGUACAUAAUCCUCGACCUUCAUGCCGCCCCCGGCGCGCAGAAGGCCUGGGAGGCCUUCACGGGCCAGAUGGCCCCCACGCCCGGAUUCUACCAGGAUUACCAAUACGAGAGGGCCCUGCAAUUCAUGGAGUGGCUGACGAAUCUCGCGCACACCAACCCGAACUUCGCCAACGUCGGAGCCAUCCAGCUGAUCAACGAGCCGCUUCAGAAUCGCGACACCGUGCAAAGCAUGCUCAAUGGCUACUAUCCGAACGCCUGGAAGCGCAUUCGUGCCCUGGAAGACAGCCUCGGAGUCAUCCCCAGCAACAGGCUGCAUAUCAUGAUGAUGAACGGAUUGUGGGGCAGCGGCGACCCCAACGAAGGGCUCAAAGGAAUCGACUUGUCUUUCGCUCUGUACGAUGAUCAUCACUACCUGAAGUGGAGCACUGACCCGCCUGCGAACCGCAAUGCUUACAUGAGCCACUCGUGCACCAAUGACAGAGGAGGCAAUUUUCCCACCAUCGUCGGAGAGUGGAGUCUGGCUACCGCCGACGAAGAUGGUUCGGAGUUUGACAUAAAGAAGGCCGAUGCCGUGUCCUGGUACAGGAGGUGGUGGGCCGCCCAGGUGCUGAGCUACGAGAAGCAGCGAGGCUGGAUUUUCUGGACCUGGAAGGUGAACUGGAUUAAUGGACAUUUGGAGUGGAGGUGGGGUUACCAGCAGGCCUAUUUAGCCGGUGUCAUUCCAAAGAACCCUCAAGAAGCGCACACUUACGGCGUCUGUAGCGGCGUUUGAGCACGAGAUGAAGAUCCAUAGGCUGCCUGCCUGUAGGAAGGCGAACUGGGAUUUGUUGUGGGAAAAAUGUGUAGAUAGACGUAGUUGACUCGGCUCUACAGGCAGCAUAAUUUUGCAUUGUUACUUUUGUAUACGGAGCAAGUCUCUCACUCAUUUUGAUUUUGACGUGGAUACCAAUUCUCCAAU